GGUGUGGGCCAAGGCUCUCUCAUUCAAGUAUCUAACAGUUUGCGGUAACAUGUCAGAAACAUCCUCACCUGUGAAUGAGAGGCUGAAGAGUCCAUCACCGUUGAUGCAGGUGAUGAUGAUAGUGGGGUUGUUGGUGCCGUGUGGUGUGGGUCUGGGAGCUGGGUUAAAGUCCGGCUCGCUUGGUCUAGCAGUCCUGACUCUAGCUGUCACUGUCUAUCUUUGCGCCGCCGUCUUCGUCCACCUCAUCGCCAGAAGGUGUCAGCGAUCGAAAAAUGACGUUGAACAACAACAGAGUGAUGAAACACCACCUGCCCCGAGCCUAGCCGUUGUUAGGAUCACCAAGACUCCCAGCGCUGUCCAGACCUCCUCACUCAUUACUUCCCCUCAUCCACAAGCACACCUUCCUCCGCCGCCAUAUGAUUUCAUCCAGGAGGAGUCCUACGGUCCUACUGGAAGUUAUCAGACAGACGAUCGGGGUUACAACAAUAGUCAAGAUUCAACCCUGCCUUCUUACGGUGAAGCAGUCGCGGCCAGCACAACCGCAUCCUCCGUCCAAGAUAACUCGUCAAGCACAGUCUUUCCAUCCGUAGAGUAUUUAUCUCAUGGCAAUCUAUCAGCCAUAGAUCAGUCGUAUGUUCGUAGUUCCUCAUCAGUACAGCUCUCGGUUAUUGAGGCUCCCCCUUCUUACUUCGCCCGAGACAACCCCCUCACUUGAACAACACAGCCCACAUCAAAUGAAAUCAAACCACAUUUGAACUUACCGUCCAAUAGCGUCCCGCCUUAGCUCCACCUUCACGGCUUCGAAGAGCACCCUAUGAUCGCCACUGGUGACCCAUGUGAAUCGCCACUGGUGACCCAUGUGAGUCCUGCAUUGAAUGGCCGGCAUUUGGCGAAGAGGAGCUGCCUGGCAGAAGUAAGAGGCUUCAGGUGGUGAAACAAGGCCUUAAUGGCCAGUGGAAUUUGCUCGCUAUCUUUAGUGUGAGAUGUGAUUUGACGCUGCUGUGUCCUGGCACUGCUCUGCGCACGGCAUUUUAGUGUCUUGGCACUGCUGUAGGCACAGCACCUGAUUGUCUUGGUUCUGAUGCGAGUACGGCACCUGGGUAUCUUGUCACUGCUGUGGGCUUCCAAGUGUAUCAAAGAAGAGCUGCGGGUAUCCAAGUGUGUCCAGGCACUGCUGUAGACUUCUACGAAUGCCCAAGCGCUGUUGUGGCUUAUAAGAGUGUGCAGACACUGCUGGGCUUCCACGAGUGUCCUGGCACUACCGUACACCCCUGAGGGUGUCAUAGCAUGGUUGGAGGAGAUUACUUUGCAGUAUUUAAAUCAUCUUCUUCUGUGAGCAGGUGAGUUACCGAAGCAAGACAACAUAGGAGUACAUAACACGGAUACAUACAAGCGACACUCGGGACAGAGAUGAAGACUGCGGUAAUUGGGCUCUUUUAAAGCUAUGAUGUGUUAGCCUAGUGACCAGCGUCCUUCCUCAUAUCUUCAUCCAACUUGUGUAUACCUUUGUACACAUUAUUGUUUUACUGUUUAUUUCUGGAAGAUGAUUCUCAGGACUUACACUCCUUAGGCUACGACUGUUAUCACGAUAGUUCUCAAGGUAGUGUUUUGAGCUUUCAGAAUAUAUAUUUUUUUUUUUAGAUAUGGGUCCAUACGCUUGGGUUGGCCAUUUCUUUUGUAAAGUUUUCAGGAAAUAAAUGUUGUAUAAUUUGCAAAA